AUGUGGCUGGAAGAAUCCAAGAUGAAAUCAAAAGGUGCCCGACAUCCUCAGCUGAUUCCUUGGGUCUUCGCUGUUGUUUCCAUCUCAUUCCUUAGUGCUUGCUUUAUCUCAACUUGUUUGGUGACUCAUCAUUCCUUUUUACGCUGGAAGAGAGGAAGCAUGGUGAAACUGUCAGACUACCAUACAAGACUAACGUGCAUCCGCGAGGAGCCACAGCCCGGAGCUACAGGAGGUACCUGGACCUGCUGUCCUGUUAGCUGGAGAGCCUUCCAGUCUAACUGUUACUUUCCUCUUAAUGACAACCAGACCUGGCAUGAGAGCGAGAGGAACUGCUCAGGGAUGAGCAGUCAUCUGGUGACCAUCAACACCGAAGCAGAGCAGAAUUUUGUGACCCAGCUUUUGGAUAAACGAUUUUCUUAUUUCCUGGGACUUGCUGAUGAGAAUGUGGAAGGCCAAUGGCAGUGGGUGGACAAGACACCAUUUAACCCACACAUGGUAUUCUGGCAAAAGGGGGAACCCAAUGACUUUAUGGAAGAAGACUGUGUUGUCCUUGUUUAUGACCAUGAAAAAUGGGUCUGGAAUGACUUUCCUUGUCACUUUGAGGUGAGAAGGAUUUGUAAAUUACCUGGAAUAACAUUCAACUGGAAACCCUCAUAG